GAGCGGAGGCAGCGCUGAAUUAAAACGAAAACACGCAAGUUUUCAAACCAUUCGCCGGAGAUCUCUUCGCACGCUUCUCUUCCCGCCCGAGGGACGCCUUAUUCCUGACCUUAGGAGACGGCCAGCCUGAAACGAGGGUACCUCGAACGGCCCCUUCUAUUUAUACUUUGCUUUCUUUUCUUCCCCCCACCCACUUUUUUUGUGUGUGUGUGUGUGUUGCGUGCCUGUCGGAACACUGAUGUGAAUACAAUACAAUUCCAGGAAUCCAGCACUUCCUGGAAUAGAUUAAUAGGGCACAAACAAAAGAUUACGGAGUAGUGGUCCCCCCCUCUCCCCAUCCGCUCCCAGCGACCCGCAUUUCUUCAAGAGCCCGGCGUCGAGGCGAAUGUCUGCUGGCUCCGCUCUUGCUCUUCUCCCCGAACUUAUUUUUCACGCGGGGAGAGGUUAUUUAUUCAGAUAGGUAUUUAUUAUUAUUAUUUUUUAUUCUAGUUUUUAUUAUAUUCGUAUUGCCAUGUUUUAAAGUUCAGCCGGGGUUUACAAGGAAAAGAGCUACGGUCCAGCGCAUUUUUCUGCUGGUAACUUGGUGCGGGGAAGAUUUCUCUACAACUACUUCUCUACAACUCUUAUUUUCUGUGAGCGAUUCUUGAGUGCGGCUCACAGAAAGCUUAUUGGGACACUUCUGGAUUUCUGCUGACUUGCGGAUUGUGGCAGCGUUCUGUUUGAGAACAAAGAAGAAGCGCGCCUUUCUCCCGUUUCUCUGAGGAUUGGAUGCUCUUUCCCGGGUCUUGGCGUGACAUGAUCCUCUGCGUUCAAGGAACCUAUCCUUUGGUAUCAGAGGAAAAACUCCGGAGGCGACCUGUAGAAGGCCUUGCAGUGAAUGUGUCAGAACUGGUCAUGCAGCCUCUGUCAGUCACAUCCUUCCAAGAACAGACUGCCCCUCCCUUGGUAAUGCCCAAGCUUGAAAGCAACUCCCCUCAAACCAGAGACCCAGAGGAGGAUCUGCUAUGCAUUGCCAGAACGUUUUCAUUUCUGAGAGAAUCUGGCUGGUAUUGGGGUUCUAUUACAGCCAAUGAAGCCAAGCAGCAGCUCCAGAAGAGGCCAGAGGGGACUUUUCUGGUACGGGACAGUGCUCAUCCCAGCUACCUGUUCACACUAUCCGUAAAGACCAACAGAGGCCCUACCAAUGUACGCAUUGAAUACGCCGAUAGCAAGUUCCAGUUAGAUUCCAAUUGCCUCUCCAAACCUCGGGUUUUGGCCUUCCCAGAUGUGGUUAGUCUCAUCCAGCAUUAUGUUCUUUCUUGUACUGUGGAGAGCAAGAGUGACGCUCCCUAUCCAUCUCCCAUGCCUUUGCCUCCCCCACAAAAGGAGAUGAUAGCAUGGGCGGUACAUCUGAAGCUCAUCCGGCCACUCAGCCGCAAGGACAUUGCCCCCAGCCUGCAGCACCUCUGCCGACUACAGAUCAAUCGAUGCACUGGAAAGACAGACCAAUUGCCUCUACCAAAGAGAAUGAAGGACUAUUUGAAGCAGUACCCUUUUCAACUUUAAAGGCAGCCAGUCUGACUGGGACAAGCAACCAAAAUAACGUUAAAAAACAUCCAGUUCUGGCAAUUUUGAUCCAUUGAUGAGGUUAUGUUCUUAAGUGGGCAGAGUAUAUUAAAUUGCCAAAGGAAGAGACUGUUUUUCCCAUCAUCCUCUCCCUUAUUUUUCUCAGUUACCUAAAUUCAUUCUCAUGCCAUGGAGGAGACAGUAUGCACAAGGUACACAAAUCCAAGGCCAAAAAUCUGAAGAAGAUGCUUCUCUUAUUUCUCUGCAGAAAGGAACUACUCUUGGCAUGUGCAGACUACUUGAAUUGGGCAGUCACAACUGUGCAGGGAAUGUUCAAGCCUCAGAACUAUAUUAUUUAUUCCCAUGGUACUCUUUUUUGUUACUUCUGAGUAUAUUGAAUAUCCUUCUUUUACUUUUGCAAGCAAAUUAUUUAAAGAUGGGCUCAAACCAUAACUAUGUGAGACAGUCUUGCGGUAGUUCAUUAUGGAUUUGAAUGAAGUCUUCUGGCCAUUGGCUACUCUAUAAUCUGUCUUGAUGUAUUCAUACUCAAAUAUAAGAUAAAUAUAUUGGGAGUGUAUAAAAGUUUGAUUCCAGUUACAAUCAACAUCUGGACUUCAGUUCCCAUUAGGUUGACAAAGAGAUAAACUUAUUCAAGUUUACUGAGCUUGGAUUAGUAAACUUUUCUCUCCCUAAUUUUUAAUCUGAAUCAGUUCAAUCCAAAUGAUGUUUUGUUGAAAUUACACAGGACACAGAACAUAUCUGUCCUAUGAAGAACAUAACAUUGUCCUUGGAGAAAUGGUCACAUCCUGAAAGUUCAUUUCUGUAGCAUUUUGUUUAUAUCUUUUGGAGGGAAAAUUCAGUAAACGGGCCAUUUUUCUCCUAUUACCAUAUUGGUGUCAACUCGUUAACUGAAAUAUUAACUCACAAUAUUGCUGUAUUAGCACAAAGGAGCUUCAGGGAGAACACAAUACUGAUAACAUUAUUUACCAACAUUUUUGCUUGUGAGUACUUGCCCUCUUUGAUUCUGAUGCUUGUCCAUGGGGCAGAGAAGAUAGCAGGAAUUAAGUGUCACUCCAGCUUCCAUCUUUUCCAAUUGUUCUAGUGCACCUUACAUUUGUUAGGUAGGAAGCUAAGACACUACAUUGUUGGUUGUAUAAGGGUGAGAAAGAAUUACUGGCAUUAAUUCUGCCUUCCAUUCCUUCCUCUGACUUACAAUAACAGUAGCUGAGGAUGGAAAAUUUGUGUUGUCAAAGACUGUCUUUCAUUAUAUGUCAAAUCCUCAGGAGAGUUAUACAUAUUUUCAUGGUUUUAUAGUUCAACAGUGAAUACCUCUGCUGCAUGUGUGAGCUCCAGGAAGGGUUAAAAUUCUAGGGCAGUCUUUUCUAACCUGCCACUCGUUGGAUGGGGGACUACAACAUCCUGAAUUAUAAUUGGCCCUGCUGGUGGAGAAUUCUGGGUAGUAUAUUCCCAGCAUAUCUGAAGCUGCCCUAGAUACAACUUGAAACAAAAGGAGCAGUAUGCUCCUUCAGCAAUCCAAUGUGGCUUGGUAUAUUUAGUCAGCGUCCGUUUCUUCUUAUGUUUUUUUUUCCAGAAUUCGUUGUACGUAUGAUUUUAUUUUAGAUACUUCGAUAACUGACAGAAUGUGUGUGUGUGCGUGCGUGUGUGUGAUGUCUGGUUUGUUGAUCACAAUGCUCUCCAUUUCUGGAACAAGGGCAAAUGAAUGGGAGAAUAUCUAUUAAAAAUACAAUAAAUAAUAUUUUUAAAUACUAAAAA